AUGGAAAUUAAGUUAAAGGCUGGAAUAGUAAAGGUGUUAUUUUUAUAUUCAUUAUUUACCUAUAUCUUAAAUAGUAAAUCUCAUUGAAUAUUUUGUAAUUCUAACAUUAAUCGAGCAAAAUCAUGAAAAUCAAAUUUUAUUUUUAAUUAAAUUUUCUGGCUACUCAACCUCUCCUUGUUACAUUGCAAAAAGAUUUCCAUAAAAUGCCACCCAAUUACGAUUUCUCGCACAAAAGUAUAUUGUAUAUUUAACAUUGAAAGGUGUUAAUUGGAAAGAUUACUAGAAAGACUUUAUCUUGAGAACAGAUUCAGUCUGGAAAAAGAAUUAUUAAAUGAUUGGUUUAGAUUGUGUACAAAGGUAGAAUUUAUCCAAUAAAUAGUUUUUUUAUUUUGAUUCAAUAGCAAAUAAAUAUUCUUUGAUGGAACAUGAUGAUUGUCACACAAUUUUAUUCGAAGGAUGUAAAACUCUAAAUUUGAAUAGUUAUUUAGGAGCACUUGAAGAUUGCUUAUUCUCAUUUAGAGGAACUAAUCCUACUGGAAGAACAAAUUGUUUCCAAGUUGGAUUAUCACCAAAACAAAAAGUGUAUAUGCCAUACCCAACAUAUCAAUCACAAUAAGCUUACUUCCUUUAUGUGCUCUUAGAUUUUAGAAAUGGUUUGAUUGCGAUUAAGCUGAACAUUUCAAAAUGGAUAAAACAGAGGCAGAUUAUUUCUAGGAUGAUAUGUUUGAUUUCCUUAUAGAAUUAGCAUACACUAGAAGAUCAAACAGAACAUUUGAAUAUAAUCACUUUCAGCAUGAAAUGCGUAGACCUUCUCCUAAAAACGCAGAAAGAGUUUAAAAAGACAUAUUGA